AUGACACUACAGCUGGUUGACAAAGGGUGCCCCAUGACACUACAGCUGGUUGACAAAGAGUGCCCCAUGACACCCCAGCUGGUUGACAAAGAGUGCCCCAUGACACCACAGCUGGUUCACAAUGAGUGCCCCAUGACACCCCAGCUGGUUGACAAAGAGUGCCCCAUGACACCACAGCUGGUUGACACAGAGUGCCCCAUGACACCACAGCUGGUUCACAAAGAGUGCCCCAUGACACCACAGCUGGUUGACACAGAGUGCCCUAUGACACCCCAGCUGGUUGACAAAGAGUGCCCCAUGACACCACAGCUGGUUGACACAGAGUGCCCCAUGACACCACAGCUGGUUCACAAAGAGUGCCCCAUGACACCACAGCUGGUUGUCAAAGGGUGCCCCAUGACACUUCAGCUGGUUGUCAAAGGGUGCCCCAUGACACCCCAGCUGGUUGACACAGAGUGCCCCAUGACACCCCAGCUGGUUGACACAGAGUGCCCCAUGACACCACAGCUGGUUCAUAAAGGGUGCCCCAUGACACCACAGCUGGUUCACAAAGAGUGCCCCAUGACACCACAGCUGGUUGUCAAAGGGUGCCCCAUGACACUUCAGCUGGUUGUCAAAGGGUGCCCCAUGACACUACAGCUGGUUCACAAAGAGUGCCCCAUGACACCACAGCUGGUUCAUAAAGGGUGCCCCAUGACACCACAGCUGGUUCAUAAAGAGUGCCCCAUGACACCACAGCUGGUUCAUAAAGAGUGCCCCAUGACACCACAGCUGGUUCAUAAAGGGUGCCCCAUGACACCACAGCUGGUUCAUAAAGAGUGCCCCAUGACACCACAGCUGGUUGUCAAAGGGUGCCCCAUGACACUUCAGCUGGUUGUCAAAGGGUGCCCCAUGACACCACAGCUGGUUGACACAGAGUGCCACCUGACACCCCAGCUGGUUGACACAGAGUGCCAACUGACACCCCAGCUGGUUGACACAGAGUGCCACCUGACACCCCAGCUGGUUGACACAGAGUGCCACCUGACACCCCAGCUGGUUGACACAGAGUGCCACAUAUCACAACACUAA